UCCCAGAAGUUCUCCAGUCUGGUACCCUGAGCCGCUGGUGGAUCUACGUGUAGCCAUUGUCAAGAACAAGGACACCCCGGACGACGCUCUCACAGAAGCCCGUCUGAACCUCUCCCGGACGUAUAGAACCUCGACAGAAGCUCGACCUCCUCCUUCUCUGAACUCAGCUGUCCUCCACUAUACAUCCUUUAUCAUCUUCAUCAUCCUCCUUGUGAGCAAUCAUGCCUCCAGCGAUCGGUGGGCCCGUGGGGUACACUCCUCCUGAAGGUGGUUGGGGCUGGGCGGUCGUAGCUGGGGCUUUCAUCUCCAUCGGUUUCUCCUACGCCUUCCCCAAGUCCAUCACAGUCUUCUUCAAAGAGAUAGAGGCCAUCUUCGAUGCCACUCCCAGUCAGGUGUCCUGGAUCUCCUCCAUCAUGUUGGCUGUCAUGUAUGCUGGAGGUCCGAUCAGCAGCAUCCUUGUGAACAGAUUUGGCAGCCGACCGAUCAUCAUACUCGGCGGCUGUCUGGCGGGGACGGGAUUGAUCUCCGCCUCUUUCUGCAACACUGUGGAGCAACUUUACUUCUUCAUAGGAGUGGUGGGAGGUUUAGGACUCGCAUUCAACUUGAACCCGGCCCUCACUAUGAUCGGUAAAUAUUUCUACAAGCGUCGGCCCAUCGCCAACGGCAUUGCCAUGGCAGGCAGCCCCGUGUUUCUAUCCACACUGGCUCCUCUAAACUCCUGGCUGUACGAUGAGUUUGGUUGGAGAGGCAGCUUCCUCAUCCUUGGAGGACUUCUGCUGAACUGCUGCGUCGCUGGCUCGCUCAUGCGCCCCAUCGGACCCAAACCCCAACCAGCCAAGCCUGACUCUGAACUAGGCGAGGGCAAGAUGGCAGAUUCAGACCAGCCUAAGCAGAAGAAGACGGUCCUGCAGACCAUCAACACCUUCAUCGACCUGACGCUGUUCAAACACCGUGGCUUCCUGCUGUACCUGAGCGGAAAUGUCAUCAUGUUCUUCGGUCUCUUCGCUCCACUCGUCUUCCUCUCAAACUACGCCAAGAGUAUUGGAAUCAGCAAGGAAAAAGCGGCCUUCCUGCUGUCAGUUCUGGCGUUUGUUGAUAUGUUCGCUCGGCCCUCUAUGGGGAUGCUAGCCAACACAAAGUGGAUCCGGCCUAGAGUGCAGUACUUCUUCGCCGCUGCCAUCCUCUAUAACGGGGUGUGUCAUGUUCUGGCGCCGCUGUCUGUGGACUACACGGGAUUUGUGAUCUACGCCAUCUUCUUUGGGUUCGCCUUUGGCUGGCUGAGCGCCGUGCUGUUUGAGACACUGAUGGACCUGGUGGGAGCUCAGAGGUUCUCCUCAGCCGUGGGUCUGGUCACUAUAGUGGAAUGUGGACCAGUGCUGCUCGGACCCCCGCUGACAGGUAGCUUCUAUAACUACUAUCACCACUAUGACUACACCUACAUCUCCUCGGGGAUCAUCCUCAUAGUUGCCAGUGUUGUCCUCUUUGUGGGAAUGAGCAUCAACUACCGCCUGCUGGACCGAGAGAGGAAAGAAGAGGAAAGGAGAGAGAGGGACGAGCCCAAGGAGGAGCGUGCCGCCAUGUUGGCCCCGCCCUCCCCUUCAAAAUCAAACGAAGAGGCAGAGGAGAACAACGUACCAGCAGCUGUGUCGCUGGCUGAAAUCUCCAAGAUGGACGAGGACACGGUUUAGGAAAUUAAAAAAAAAAAUGAACUUGAAGGAUGCACACACCUUACAGAAACACACAAGAGCUGCAGUUACUCAGUACAACCACACGCUGUCUUUAUAGGGAGAAAACGACCUCAUUCACAACCCUGAAGCCAUAGAAAUUACUCCGAUCAGUAAAAACGGAGACAUGCUGCUGCUUUACUGUCAGUAAAGCUUCUCAAGCAGCUUUAUUUUCACCGCAUUGAGACCUCUGUUUUUGGUAUUUGACGUGCCUUUUGGUGAGUCCUCAAGGAGCAAACGCGCCGCUAAUAUGAACACCAGACAGACGCACAACAAGACAGAAAGACUGUAAGAUAAAAUACGAACAUAACCAGUAAACUAAUGAGGACUUUACUCUCAGGGUCUUGUGCUGCCGUUAAGGUUCAGAGCCUAGAAACACACAGAGUCAAACAGUGCAGUUUUUUGGUUACAGUACAGAGAGAUACUGUACAUUUCCCCUCAUUCUACUCACUCACAUUGCUUCACUCCUAUAAGACUGGACAGAGAUUACAUUUUUAGAGUGGUCAAUGAUAUUUACAGGUUUAUGCAGUGGAGAAGAUGGGCUGCACCCAGCUAAAGGUUUCCCCCCUUGUCUAAUCAUUGCUAAAUGAUUUAUUUUUGUUAUUUGUGUGGCUUUUUCUGUUUUUAUUGAUGCAGAACGCUGACAUAAGAUUGGAUAUUUGGAAAGGAAGGAGAGAGGGUGAUUGAUUUUGAAAGCCUUUGUGCAGACUGUUAACCCCUUGCUUUACUAGGAGAGACAUCAGGAAGCCCUCUUGUCACAUUUUUGAGUCAUGAUAUCAGAUAUUUAAACCUAGAGCUAAGUUUAUUGAAAAUAUAAACGCUAUUGAUAUUAGGGAUGCACCUGGUGGAACGAUUGAAGGCCAGUUCAUUUAUGUUGAGAAAACAAUAAAAAACGUCAAAACUAAGCACAAUUUAUUCAACAUGGGAUCAUAGCAUCAGUAAGUAAAUGAUGUGUUGUACGUCUGCAGAAUGUGGCUAAUGUUAGCACUAUCUUUAAUACUUUCUGAAGGCUAAUGUCCUCAUACCUGUGCUGAAUAUGGAGACAUAUUAGUUCAGCCAACACCAGUGUAACCUGACACAGGCUCAACACAUCUUAUCCUUAUUUGCUUGGUCAAAACAAUGCAAAACCAUGCUGCUUUUACGAUGCUAUCGAUGCUAUCUAUUCACUGUUUACAUCUGGAUAGUUGAGCAUUACAGCAGCAUGGUAGCAGCCAUUAACCUGAGCUACAAUGGCUACUGUUUGCAGGUGGCUGUGCUACAGUUAGAAUAAACAUUUGACUGAAUUUGUGGUCCUGAAUUGAUCAAAAAUUUGUAAUUCUGGUGCCGACUUAAAUCAAGGGGUUCAGCCUACGACCCCAAAAUUACUGCCAGAGAUGGGGGACGUCCCACUUUCCCUUGAGGAGGUUAAGGCAUAUAAUGUUGCUUGCAGAUGUGCAUACUUACUGACAACACAAAAGAACAACCUAAACAGCCUAAAAAUGUAUUUUUAUGUUGUAGUUUACUGUAAGAAAAGUUGAAGCAGAAUGCAAAUAUUCUCCAGCACUGGGUGGACGUAUUAAACUGACACAGGGGGGUGACUGUAUGUUUCUGCCACCAUGUGCAAACUUAGUUUAAUUUCAGCAUGAAUCUCCUAAACUGACUGGUGGUGUUAUUUCAAAUCUAACUGAUUUCAAGUAUAUACAGAACUGUGCUUAGGUUUUAGGUAUUUAUGGCCCUUCAAUUGAGGCUGCAGUGAAGCCUAGUUGUGGUGAAUAAGCUGUCAGAGGGCGCCAUCCUGUUGGAGGGAGGAUCGACACAUCCCCAGUCAUGCUCUGGAUGUCUUUGCAUAUUACCAGGAGCAUGAGAAAACUUUCUGUUUAAAAAAAUAAGACAGUCCACCUUAGGAACCACUAGUGUAAGUGACUAACCAUGCACAUCCCUAAUCAACACCUUUUUUAUACCAUGGCAACAAAAAUAGAAGCCUUAGCCACCAAAUGUUGGGCCAUUUCUUGUUUUCAAUUUCAGCACUGAACAUGGACCGUUUUUAUGCAAUUGAGACAGAGUUCCCUCUCUUAUCCUGUUUGCAGGACUUUUGGUAAAAUGUGAUGAGAGAUCUGAAGAUUUUCAAAAGCGUACUGAUCAUUAAAACAACAAAGACUGAAUUGUUUUAACUUUGAAGUGUCAAAAAUUAGGGUUAAAAAUUUGACAACUGUUAUUCAACCACAAAAGCUCUAAUGAUCAGUAGGUGAAACAUUUCUAUCAAUUUAGUAUAUUAUCAUCCCUCAUGUGUAGUUGGGAGAACCCUGGUAAGUUUAGGCUUAUUCAGUUAGCUUUAGCAUGCCAUGUUUUGCUAGUUAGCAAGCUAAAGUGUACAAAUCGUUGGAGUUACAUCAAAUAAUUAUUUAGUUAGUGUGAAAACUUAACUAUCGGCUAUUUUCAGAACAGCUGUACCUCAGCCUGACCUUAUGUAGACUCUUCCUGAUUAAUACUCUUAAGACCCCAUGAAAAUCAGCACUUCAUUGCAUUUUGCGACAUAAUUCAUUGUACUUUCUUUUACUGCACAUACACUUCCCCUAAAAAACCUGCCAGCCCCUCCAACAUGCAUACAAUACCAAAUUUAUUAAAGGGGAACCUUGAUGGUAACACUACAGAUGGACUGAUAAGACUAGCAGCAGCUCCUGGACGGAGUUCGAGGCUUUUUAGUGCAAUGAAAACAGAUGAUAGAAGCACUCGUAUUCUGGACAUCUGGGGACAUUUUGGGAGAAAAUGAAGAUAAUUGUGGGAGAAAGAAAUGUUGACACUCACCACACAAGGAGAAGUAAACCAGAAAGAAGGAAUUUUGUACCUUUAAUUUAAAACGGCACUUAAAAUGAGCAAUGAGUUCAAAAAUACAAAGAUAGAGGAAUGUAAUGAACCUAAUGAAGGAACAUUUGAGGGGAAAAGAGGUCUAAAGUCAAAGAUCUAAAAGGUCACAAUGCCAGCAGUGUAGAAGGUGCUUCAACGCUGUGCUUGUACAUAAAUACGCGUGCACUUAGUGUGUGAAUCACCUCCAACCAGAGCAGCUCUUUUUUGUCUUAGUGUUGUUAAAGACGAGACAUAUUUGAACAAAAUCCGCUCACACAGUAACGCUUCUGUGCCCCACAGAUUUAUCUGCUGCACAGCUGUCAAGAUGAGACUGCUCACAGUACUAAAUGACACCACACGCCGUUCUUCUUUCUGGGCGACUAAGAGAUUGUGAUUGUAUCAGAUCAAUGAGCUAACUGGGUGUGUUUGUGCAUGUGUGCUUUGACCUGCCCGGCUGUGGUGCCAAAAUAGGACAAAUUUCACUCUGGAUCACACAGGUGAUCCUAACUUUGUAGGAUUUUUGAUUAGAGGAGUUACAGUACCCUAGCAUUGUUUUUAAUUAUGAAUAACACAUUGUACUUUACAGUUAUAUCAGCAAAACCUUUGUAAUUUAAAAGGAUUCUAUAUUUUAGCUCAGUGUAUAAAGACAAUCUGACAGCGAGUAAUCUUUUUAAUGGAUUUUGUUUUUGUGAAUGAAAGGAAAAGAGUGUGACUGAGGUAAAGUGCGCGUGUUUAAACUGUAGCCAGGUUUUAUUAUUUCAUUGUUUUGAGAUUCAGAUGCUGCAGUAUCAACACGUCUCUCUGUGCAGUUCGUCUUCCAACUGUGCAGUGUGUCAUAUCAGACUUACAACACUCGAUUAAAUAUGCAUCAGUUGGUAACUAGUUUCACUGCCAGCGUUUGUAAUUGAAGCUCUGCUUUGAGGACAGUUUUUGUGCAGAGGAAACAGAAGACAUGUCUGUCUUUUUCUGCCUGUAAAAGCUUUCCUUAAUUUCUGUGUGGGGAAAAUAAAUGGAGGUUUUUAAUUCACAUUUGAUAAAGAUAUUUAACCUUACUAAUGGAUGAAACAUUUGAAGGCAAAAACAAGGAAAGUAGGUAGUUUUUGAAGGAAAUUCAUGAUGUUUUGUUUUGCUUUUCACUGCAGACUUUUCAUUCAAACAUGAAGGCUGUAGCAAUGUCUAACCCUAGAUGUUUUUGAAGUACUAUAAAGAAUGGUUAUAUUUUAUGUUUUUCUCUUUUGUUAACAAAUCUCACUAGAAAUAAGAAUUGCAAGCAAAACCAGUCAUUAAGAAAGUCAAACCCUGAGUAACUGCUACAUAUAAGGCAGGUUUUAUUAGAAGAAUAAAAGUCAAAGGCUUGGAAAUGCAGUGACAUUUUAACUAUUCUCAAAAUGUCCUGCAAUCUUUGUGGGACAUAUUUCUAGAUGAAAUGAAUGUAAACCUCUCAAUGCAUUUCAUAAUUUAAAGGCUGUUAAAGAUGGGUGCAAUGCAAAAUAUCAAUUUUGGCCAUAUCAGACUGGGUGAGAAGCAGCUGUCUCAUGGCUUGUUUAUUAUUUUGGCAUGCAUGUUAACUAGACAUUAGAAGACCAGUUGCCAGGAACAAAAACCUGCCACAUAUAUGGUAGGUUUUUGUUAUUAGAACAGAGGUCAAACUUUUGAAAAAGUAGUUAAAUUUGCAGAAUAAAGGUUGGGUUAAGAGCAGUCAAACUCUCCUGCAAUCUUGAUCAAACAUAGUUCCAGAUUAAAAUUAAUGUUGACCUCUCAAUUCUUCUCAUAAUUCAAAGGCUUUGAAAGAUGUGAGCAAUGCAAAAUACUAGUCAGGGCCAUUGCAGAUUGAUUUUCAUUUUGGCAUGCAUGUAAAUAAAUCAGGGCGUUUAGACUGCCUACUUGAGCGCCACAUCUCAAGUGACCUCAUGCAUCUCUUGGUAAAAACAGACGGGACAACGACAAACAGAGAGCCAGAUUUAUCUUGUUUUAGUGGAUAUGUCCACUUUGGUAGAAUAUGUUUGCUGUCUGUUUUUUUGUUGAACCUCAUGAAGGCCACAAGCUGAAAUUUGCUGGUCUUAUCAAGUUGAUGUUUCCACAUUUGUAGAAUAAGGGAAGAGAGAUCAAGGAAGAAGAACAGAGAAGAUAAACACAAUAUGGUUACACUUAAGUUUUUUGCUUUCAGAGUAAAAGCCUCGUUUUACAGAAUGCUUUUUUUCUGAUUUUCCCGCCUCAGUUUUACAGUGAAUCACUGUCAGGAGAUUGAGUUAAAACUUAUGAUGAAAAACAGCGCUGUGACAACAAGGAGACUCUGCCUUUACCUAGCCGUGAUGGCACGAGUCAGAUUUGAGACAUGCUGCAGCAGUCACGCUGCUAACACGCACCCAGUCUGAAACAGGCAUUAGGAUGAUGCACCUGGAGGCUGAUGAACUAAGCCGCUAUCUCAAAUGGACAAUUAUUACGGCUUCUGCCCCGACAAGGUUCUAACAUUUUUCUGACUGGAUCCUUCAUGACUUGUCCUACUUUUAUGUGUAUUCAUCCGCCACAGAAAACAGACCCCCUUAGAAGGGUCGCUUUGUGCUGUUUCGUUGGUUUUACUGAAAACUACAGCAGGAUUCUGAACAUUUCUUUCAAUGCCUAAUUAUACCUAUUUAAUGCCGGAACAUAAUGAAGGACACAACAAUGAAUGAUUUGUUUUCUUUUGAGAUUUGUUGACACUAAAAGAAAAAUAAAAUGCAUGACCUACUUUUUUAACAAAAGUAAAUGGGAAUCAUUCAAAGGAAAAAUCAUCAUAAAGAAGACAAUAUUUUUCUGCCUUUCUUGGCAGUCAUUCAGUCCAAGAUUUCUCUUUCCAUAAAGUCUGUGCUCUCACUGUCACAUUUCUAUUUCAGUAGGUUUUUAAAUGAAUGUGCUGAAGGGUAUUCAUUCUCACAGUAUGUGCUACCUGUUUGUUAGUUUGAACGUGUUUUUGUUGUUACUACUAUGACCAAAUGUAAGUAUUAGUUUUCACAUCAUACAUCACAGAGUGUAAGUUUUUGUCAAAGGUAAAUGUACAUUUGUCAGAAGUCUUCUUAGUUUAAAGAUGUUAUUGGAAAGGAGUUUCUCUCCUUCUACCUGAAGUCUCAACCUUUCUUCAGACAUGAAUUUAAAGCAAACAUCUGUAAAAGUUAAUGUAAAAGACAGCAGAAAACAGCUGUCUAUGCUUCCACAUUUCUGUGCUCCAACCUCAGAUAUUCCUCAGUUACAUUAGACUGACUCAUGAUAUAAUGGUUGGAUGAUUCAAACGUAGGUGAAAUUUUCUAAAACCUUCACUUAUUUUGCCUUUGAGAUUAGUAUUUGACAGGAAUGGUUGUACUUUAAAAGACUGCAACUAAAACCUUUGGUGAAACACUGAAUGUGUUUUCAGAGUAGGGUUUUUGAAAUGGUACUGUAAAAAACCUGAAACUUUCUAAGUUUAACAACAGCAAACAAAUCCUCGUAUUGCAUUUCUUGAUAAAAAAGGUUUUUAUUUAGUUGAAGUAGAUGUUUUUAUGUUUGUAUGUUUGAAAUGUUUUUAUGGCUGCUGAGAGAAUGAAUAAACAGUUUUUA